AUGCCGUCCCAGCUGGCGAGCUUCGUACCUCAUCCACGCGGCCCGGGGUUUUCAUCCCGGCUCGUGCGGGGGGCGGCCCCGGGGUCUCUGGCUCGGGGCCCGGGCGGCGGCGGAGCGGCCGGGCCCCGGGGCCACUUCCCGCGUUCCGGGGCCUCCCAGGCGCGAGCGCGGCGAGCGGCGCGCGGCUCGGCUCGCAGGACGCCCUCUAGCCCCGCCGGCGGCGCGCCGCGACCCCCCCGCCCCACUCCCCGCCCACCGGCGGCUGCGCGCACUGCACCCUCGCCCGCUGCAGCCGCCGCCGCCGCCGCCGCCGCACGCCGCCCGGCUCCUGCACGCCGCCGCCGCCGCGCCGAGCGCCCGGGCCCGCGACGCCGCCGGCAGAGCGCCGGACCCAGCGACGAGCUGCCGCGGUCGGGCGGCCCCGCGGCGGCGGCGGGCGCGGGCGGGCGCGGGCGGCCUGGCCGGGGCCGGUUAAAGGGACGAGUUGCAAACAGUUCAGGAAGUGACAAGUCGAUUUCCUCCUCCCCGGGAGCAGCUCCGUACAAAGCGCUCGGCGCCGGCAGGAGAGCGUGCGCGCGGCGGCCGCGCGGCGGGCAGUCCGGACGACUCGGCGAGCGCCGGCGGCGACUGCGCGGGGGCCCGCGGCCGGAGCGUCCCGCCGCGCACAGUAAGCGAUCCCGGGCCGGGCGGCGGCGGCGGCGACCGGGGGGCCAGUCCCGAUUGGAGGUCCCUGGCGAGUGCGCCCCGGCCGCCGGCGCCUGCGGGAUCUUCGUUUCCGGCCCAGGGAUUGAACCUGCGCCACCCACAGUGGAAGCACGGUGUCUUAACCCCUGGACUGCCAGGGAAGUCCUCCUGGUGUCUUCCGAGUGUCCCCUUGUCAGCCCCAGCCUGGCCCUCCUGUGGGGUGAGCAGGGUGGACAGUCUUGGCCAGAGGGGUUGCUGCUCUGCUUCGGACAGCUUUGGGGAGACCCUUUCCUGGGGAGACCUUCCUGGGGAGACCCUCUCCUUUGGGGAGCUCUGGGGAGACCCUUUCCUGCAGGGGUGUGCAGACUAUUGACUGAGUCUGGGCAGGUGUCCCGACCCUGGGCUGUAGUCGCCACUGCCCUCAGUCUGGCUUGGGUGGCUGGGGCUGGCUUUAGAGAGCUCUUCUCGUAGAGGACCCAUGGAGGUGGCCGGCCUAGGGUGGCCUCGAGACAGACCCUUUUCCUGGACGUCACGAAGCUGAGUGACCGAGGGGCAGUGUGAGGGGGUGACCAGGACAUCCGGGCUGCCUCCGCCCUUGCUGGACGCGGCAGAGCCUGUCAUCCCUGCCCUGUGUUCCUCUUCAGAUGUAUGGCUCCUUCUCUGGUGACCACAGAACACUCUGCAUGCUGGUUCCUCCCUGCCCCCGCCCCACCCUGCCGCAGCGCCGUUCAGUCAGUGGCUAGGAAGCGCCUACGGUACGAGUCAGCAUCUCUGAAGAAUCCCGAGAUGAGUGAACCGAAUCCCUGCCUUUGAGGAACUUGUGGACUUGAGCCGCAGACGGUCAGACUGCACUUGGGUUCACUCACUUCCCACCACGUGCCUGGGCAGUUGGUGUAGUGGAUGCUGUGUGGGUCCACGGGGCGCUGGUGAGCCCUCAGUCCCGUGGGAGUCACGGGGGGUGGUCAUUUAAACCGAGCCCAAGGGAGCAGGGCUGAGCAGGAGGCUUGAGGAAGGAGCAGGGGUUUGGAUGGAUGCAGACUGCAGAGGGGAGGGAUGCAUGGAGGCGUGGCAGCCGGAGACCACCCCACGUGGUGGAGGACGACCUUGGCUCGAGGGUGGGAAGCGCACCCCCGGGCCUGCAGCUCAGCCGUGAGUCAGGAUGGCGCGGGAGCCAGACGGAGGCGUCCGGACUUUAUCCCGGUGGGCUGGGAGCUGGAGGCACUUGCUGAUGCUUCUCUCUCUGGGAGGCUUGGCGCUUGGGGAGCAGCACUGAGGAGUGGGCUUGGAGCAGACACCUGGGAGACCACAGAGUGACCCAGGAGAGAAGGCAGGGGUCAGGGCCAAAAGAGGUAGUGAUUGGUUAGUCGGACACUCGCUGGAAGCUGGCGAGGAGGCAGCUGGGAGGAGGUGAUGGGAACGGCCUGCUCUUUACCAGGGGCCCCCUUCUGGGAAGACUGCUCAGGGGGCCCAUCCGUUUGACCUCUGAGUGACCUCCCAGGAGAGCCCAAGACUAGCCCCCUACACAGGGAAUUGUCACCAAGUGGCAUCUCCUUGCCCGGAGGCAUGUGGUUUGUGUUGAUUUUAGUUGCAGCUCUUGCUUUCAGUGGGGGCGCUUGGAAUUCCCAAGACCUUCCAGAGUUCCUUGCCUGCACCUGCAGUGGAACUAAAGAAAUCAAAAUGAACAAAGCCUUUUGGCAUUGCAUGAGCUGGAAAAGUCUGAUUCAGUAUAAACCUGCCUUUUUUUUUUUUUUUCUUUUCCCCUUAAAGGAAAAGAAAGUAACCACGUUGGUGUGAUGGAAAAAAGAGUCUGGGUGCCCUUUGGGCUCUGCUGUAGCGUGUUCUCGCUGGUGAUCUCAAAGGGUGGGGAGUCGCUGACACAGACUCGCGAGAAUGUUCUGCAUGGGUCACCUGGCGCCUGGCGCUCCUGUGGACUCCACACCCUCAGAUGCCAGCCAGGAUUCCAGGCCCCGGUGGCUGCGUGGCACGUGACUCAGGCCCAGAGGACGAUAAUGAAGGAAAAGAGUGAACCUCCGAGGCUGGGCCCUAAAGCAGCCCUUCACGGCUUUCGGGGUGUGUUUUCCAAGCCCUGUGGGGGGUUUUGUACAUCAGCAUUUAGUCUUGAGGAGAGAAGUUAAGUAAGCUGGCUGCUCCUGUUCAUCUGAUUCCCAGGCCAGUUAGCAAACACCCUCACUUUUUUUAGAAAGAAAAGUAAGAGAGCGAUCAGGCCUGGCGGAGGCCAAAAGGGACCCCAAAGGUGAGCUGUAGAGCAGAGGGGAAGAGCCACGCGCGUCAGGCACCUGGGCUGCCGGCUGAGGCGUGUAGGGGAUGGCUGUCUGCAGGUGAUUGGGUUCUAACUUGCUUAAAUGGAAAGUGUCCGAUUUUUAAACCUUUUGUAAAUUCAGGCAUGUCCUUGAGGGCUGCAGAAAAGACCCCGGGACGUUUCUGCUCUAGUUUGUGGCCCAGAGUCCUCGACUCAGCCUUGGAGGAUCAGGGCCAGCCUGGCACGGGCUCUGGGUCGGCCCGAUGGCCCCUGGCCUGCUUGUGCCCUCCUCGGCUUUGAACCUGUGUGCGGAUGCCCGGCCAGCCCUUCGCCUGCACCUGCUAGAGAAAGAGCAGGCUGGCUGCUUCUGCACAGGGUCUGGGUGGAUCUGUGGGGAGACCAGGUGAGGUCACGGGAGGCGGUGGGUGUAGACCGUAUGGUCUGCAGAGCUCAAGAUGUUUAUUGUCCAGCUUUUUACAGAAAAAUAACAAGCUGACCCACUCCCUGUAAGGAUGGGUCUGUAUACCAAACCUGUGCCGUUCAGUGUGGUAGCCGCUAGCCACGGAUAGCCACUUAAAAGUUUUUUCCAACUUUAUUGAGGGAUAAUUGACAGUUUUGAUGGUUUAAAAUUAAAACAGAGUGGAACUAAGAAUUCAGUUCUUCACUUGCACUAACCACUGAUCACGUGCUCAGUAGCCACGUGCAGCUGUUCACGGUCACGUUGGAAGGCACAGAUAUAAAACGGCCCAGCUGCACAGAACAUUCUGGGGGCAGAAGUGCGCUAGACCUUGUGCAUGUGUUAAAUUGUGUCUGAUGCUUGCAACCCCGUGGACUGUAGCCCACCAGGAUCCUCUGUCCAUGGGAUUCUCCAGGCAGGAAUACUGGAGUGAGUUGCCAUUUCCUUCUCCAGCGGAUCUUCCCGACCCGGGGAUCGAACCUGAGUCUCCUGCGUCUCCUGUGUUGGGAGGUGGAUUCUUUACCCCUGAGCCACCCGGGAAGCCCAUACCGUCUCCCAGUCCGUGAGGGAAACAGAAGUAUAGAGGAGGCACUCCAGGGAAAGAAAGGACACAGACUUCCCUGGCUCUAAAACACAGGGUGCAAAGUGAGUUCGUUGACUCGGAGGUGAUGGAGACAUGUGUGAUGCGACAGAGGGGGCCUUGGCCUGGAAUGGAGAAGCUGCCCCCAGAGCUUCCUUCUGCGUGACUGUGGGCAAGCCCCUCACCCCGAAAGGCACGGUGCCCAACUCCAAGUGAGCAGUGGCUGUGCAAGGGUCCCUGUCAGUCCUGCUGCUCCAGCCUGUGACCCCAGCUCCUCUGCCUCCGGCUCCUGGCUCACCUGGGCCGGUGGCCGCAUCAGCUCUGCAGUGCCCAGCACUUUCCCCCGCUUGUGUGUGUACACGCACGGGUGCACACACACUCGCUGGGCUGUGUGGAAGUCCACAGAAAUCCUGCCUUGCCUGUGUUCUGAUCACACUCUGCUCCAGAGCAUCUAGACCCGAUGGGUCGUACCGCUGUUCCUCCUGGGCUAGGCUGGGAACAUUUUUGGCUUGAUGGAAUGGCCAUGUUUUGCAUGGGCAACAGAUAAGUAACUACUUUAUUCAUUCAGAAUGGUGGCUUCUAUGUAGCAUGAGGAAGGAAGAGACGUUCCAGGCCCCGCCACUAGCCAGCAUCACGUGGCUUUCUCCUUAAGAUGCCGUCAGCUGCAGCGCUGGGGCAGUCUGUUGACUAGCUGGGAGCUGGGCGGAACUGUAGCUCUUGUCUCGCUUGGUCCCCACAUUUGCUGACUCCCAGCCCCUUUGGAAGCUAGUUAGGGGUAGAGUCCUUCCGAGUUGGGACAGCAAAUGUGGAGCACGUGGAUGUGAGUUCUGUGCGUGGGCCCAACUGUAAAUGCGUCACUGCUGGAGCCGUUUCCCCGCAUUGCUGGGCGCUGGUGGAGUCUGAAGGUGGAGAAAUGCCGUGGGGUUGUUCACUGCUGAGCUGUCCCGGGCGGGGGCUCACGGCCUUCACGAGAUGCUGCAUUUUGUCGGGAGUCCAGGCCACGUGUACCCUUGGGAGCGGCUGGGCCUGCCCACAUUGGGUUUCCGUGAGUCCAGUGUGCUCGCAUCACCCAGCUUGGUACUUACUCCUGUUGUGUCAGGAUGAGAACAUCUCCAAAAUGCAAGCCUAAGAUAUCAGGAGAAGCUUCCCGGACUCUGGGCAAGAGUGCAAAAGGGAGAAAACCAGAGAAGCCUGGUGAAUUUAGCCAUGAAAGAAGUGCUUGGUGAGGAGGAAGUUGGGGUUAAGAGGACACGCAGCAAGAGCCCUGGAAGCCCAGACUUGAUUGCGUGCCCGCCUCUGACACCCUGCGUGCCCGCCUCUGACACCCUGCUUACCUCCAGCCAGCCACUCAGGAUGGUCUCCGGUGCCGGACCUCUGUAGCCGAUGGGGGCCCAAGAGCAUUGGCAGAUUGGGCUGUGCCCAGGAUUGCUCAGUGCUGGCCUCACCACCCAGAAAGGGGCAGUGUAUGUGCCCCCAAAGAACCCUGGCACAGCACGUUCACAGUGGAAGUGGCUCAUUACUUGGGGAGCUGGCAUUGGGUGACCACCUGCUGUGUGCCGGCCCUGUGCCUGUAUUUUGUCUGAUGGUCACCCAGGCAAUUGGCUGUUGGCUAAUGAGCCUCACUCCACAGGAGGGAACUGAGCGCUGGGAAUAUCUCUUGAGUGCAGGCCCAUCCUCACAGGCUGGACCCCAGUUCUCCUGUUCUAAAGCCUAUCUCUCUUCCACACCCCAUGUCAUCCCCCAUUGUGGACCGUGCCACCAUUUGCAAGAGGAGUCUCUUCCUUCUCUGGACAGCAACCCCCUCACCCCCCCCCCCCCCCACCCCCACUAUGGUCUUAUCAUGGCCUGCGGGCAGAGAAGUAGGUUGCUCUGUGGGUUGACAUUUAAGAAAGCCUACUUGAUGGAGCUGUCCCUCUAAAUGUGUGGUUGUGGUACAAGAAGGCUUCGUUUGUCCCAGGUUGUUUUGAAAUCAGAGUCAGGAAACCCCCGUCUCAUUUCUGUAUCUUGCAUAGAUGUCAUCAAAACAGAAUCCUGUGUUCUGUGCGGGAGUCGUGAUCGAGGAAGCCAGCCAUGCGUAGGUGUCAGGGCUCCAGAAUUGUCUCUUCCAUCUGCUGGCUUUACUUGGAUUUGUUUAAAGAACUUGGCGUGGAAGCUCCCCUUCCCUGAUGCCCCACUGUGGGAGAGGCUGGAAGGGAGCCCUCCCGGGGAGGGUGGGGCAGACACGGGCCGUCCUCUGCUCCCAGUAAGGCCGCAGCUCGCCCACCUCUCUGAGCACGCGGGUGGGAAGGCAGGCCUCUGCCGUUAGGGAUUGCGAGCAUCACAGUGCUACCCUGGUGUGCUCAGGAUUUCAGACAGUCUGCGCUUUCUAGUCCUUUUUAGGGCUUCCUCUAAGUCAGAACCAGCCAGGAGGGAUACAGAUGGAUAUGCGUGACUGUGGGGUGCUCAGGGCGAAGCCACCGGGCUCUUCGAACCGAGAUGAAGUAUAGUUGUCUGGGUGACUUCGGAGCUUGAGUAGUCAGCAUCCUUUAGAGCAGAGGCUGUGCGCCCACAGUCUGGGGGCCAGAUGUGGUCCCCUGGCAAAGUUUGUUUGGCCCCCAGGGAGCUCUAGGCACUUCUGCAUUUCUUGACAACAUUUAAAAGCUGGGAUUGUACAAAGAAGUCUAGAUUGUCAGCUUUUUCUGACACAUCAGAAGAUCUUUAGUAUUAUCCUGGGUCCUCUUCCCCCCUCUCCCCUCCACAGCCAGGCAAGGGUAGCCAGUCAUCCAGCCCCCUGGGGGCUCCCUGCUCUGCAUCACAGUUCCUGCCCAUCGGGCUUCACUUGUUUCUGUUCCCUGCUUAGCUCUGGAAGAUGUUUGAGACUGCUGGAGCGGACAUGCCAUGCAGAAGACAGAUUUAGGGUUUCUGGUCCCCUGGGUUGUAUGGUUCAAGGUGCGCAGUGGUGGAAAGGCCAAGUGCACAGUCAUUCCCUCCGUUAACUGGCUGCUUGUGCCACCUGCAAGGAAGCCGACAGAGAUGAGCCAGGGAAGUGCUUUGUUCAUCCCCCUGGGGCUUCCCUCUGGCUGCUCCCGCUGAAACUGCCCGCUCGACCCCCAAUCAGCUCUGUGAAAAAUGACCCUUGACUCUUGGAAGCCAGUCUCCACCCUGGGGUUCCCUCCGGUUGCCCUGCAGAUCGUUUCUGUCCCCCCCAAACCCCCUGCAGUCACACUCAGUUGCUUCACCCAGUUUAAUCUUCUUAGUUCAAAAGUGCUCCCAUGAUUUUAACAGAUGAAGUGGGAUUUUCUUUUUUUAAACAAAGAUUUAAUCUCUAAAUUAUCUUGACAGGCAGUCUAGCUGCCAUGUAUCAAGUAGAUAACUUCUGCUGGUGGUCGAAAGAGAAAAAAAUUUCUCAGGGUAAAUGAGAACACGCUUCUCAGAGUCUCUCAGCUUAUUCUUUUUGACAGAGACUCAAUGAACCAAGUGGAAGCAGAGAGCCUCCAAAUCGCAAUUUCUAUUCUUUUUUUUCCCCAGGAAUUGAGUUUUUCUUCUCGUAUUCCUCCAGGUAUUUAGUAUCAGUCACUCCUUUCAUUUACUCUUUUUUCUUCAACCCCGUUUUUUUCCUCCUGUUGUGGCAAAUAUUCUGCCUCCCCAUCUGCCUCCUCCUUCCCUCCCAGUCAGUCCACUGCAUGCCUGUGGGCUUUGUCCAACCCCCGACCCCCCAGGGCCAAGACUCCUGAGAAGGAACCCGAAGGCCCUGCCCCCACUGGAGUUCUUGAGAGCAUUCUAGGGGCUGCUAGAAACUCAUCAAGGACAAGCACUGGGUCAUCUUUAUCUAAGUCCCCAGGUUCUGUCCCAGAUGAAGUGCUGGGGGUGGGACCUAGACCUUCUACCCCUUUCUGACCUCAUGGACAUUUGCAUGAGACUGAAACCAGUCCAUCCUAAAGGAAAUCAACCCUGAAUAUUCAUUGCAAGGACUGGUGCUGAAGCUGAAGCUCCAACACUUGGCCUCUUGAUGAGCUGCCUCACUGGAAAAGACCCUGAUGC